UUGAAACUCUGAUAUUUUGUGAAUACAAGGAGAUGCUGCUCUGUGGGCGUCUGACUGCUACAUUCUGUGGCCAAGAACAGUAAUUGCAGCCUGCCUUUGACCCAAAAUGCCCCUCAGUCCAGUAUAUAAAAAAGCUUCUGGAGAACUGAGAGAAGAAAAAGAGACAUUGCAAAUUGGAGCCGCAGCAGACUCAAGGUCUCCAGUGAGUGUCUGUAAGCAGCACCUACAUAAAAGAAAUAACUGUGCAUGUGCAGAAGAGACAAGAUUGGUCCAAUGAAAGGUAAAACAAAAUGAAUCCACGCUUACAUUUUAAACUUAAAUGGUAUAACGCAACAAAUUAUUUUCAUGUUUUAAGUAAAUAUUGCAUCAUGUUACAUCGAGCGCCAGUGGACCAGCACUACACACAGCCUCAUUUUAUCUACAAAUCUACUUUUCUGGUUAGAAUUAUUAUAAUAAUUGUGUUAAUGUCCUCCACUUGGUUUUGUAGGGAAUGAUAUGCAUGAAUCUAAUUUCCAUCCUCUUUUAUAACAUACUAACCUCAUAUGCUUUCUCUACAUCGAAAAAUCUCCUCUUUGGGUCCUCACCUAGACCUUAUUCUGAGCCUUUGUAGCUUCAGGAUCCUGCUACCACAUAUUCACUAACCUACACCAUAUUUUAUCCGUAUUAUCUGGUUUGAUCUCCAAAACAUCUUUGGUUGCAGCCAUAGCUGACUUAUUUAGGACAUCUCCCACAUUUAUAGGUUUAUGGGUUAAGGACGAAGGGAUGAGAAGACUUUAAACUACACUUUCCCAAGAUGGAGUGAACCACAUUUCCCAAUAAAUCUGGGGUGGAUCUAAACAUAUGUUCUUUAUUUCCUAUAUCAUUUUAUGUUACAUGACAAAAGUGCCAUAGUAUUGCAUGACUGCUCAUAACUGAAAAACUUAUUAACAAAUACUGACCUAAACACACUCUGUUUUAAUUAUGACUAAAUAACCCAUGGAAUAAUGCACCUUAAUCGGUCUUAAUGACUUGUAAUAAUUGUAAAAAUCCAAAAGCUCACACACUAUUGGUCAUGGGCUAAUGUAGAUUAAUGAAAGUAAACAAAUUUCCCAAAAUAGCCUGCAGGGGAUGUACACUACGCAGCUGUGGCAAAACCCUGUGAAAUAGAAGUGACAAAUUUCUCCACGCGCCUAUUAAAGAUGCUAGAUUCGGGUGAGAUAAACAUUUGUAUGUAAUGGUCCAACAGAUUUGUCAUACAGCAUUAGCACAUGCAUAAUAGAGAGGAUUAAACACUAUAACCUACAUGUGAUGAGAAUCACUUUAUAAAAUGUUGUAUCAGCUUCCUCCCAAAGUCUGAAGGCAUGUUUGUUGAACAUUAGAGUAAAAAAAACCUUGUCAGUUCUUCAAAACAGACCUCUAUUAAACAUCUCGUCCUAUAUCAGAAAAUACACACAGACAUCAAUUUUAGUAGACUGAGAAGUGCUUAAUUGUCACAUUUUUAUAACACUUUUCAACCUCCUUACUGCAUUCAAAGUGCUUUAAAUCAAAGAACUAUUCACACACAUACAUUCACGAUGUGCACACUGCAUGCAGGUGUAUUGCCCGAGGACACAACAACACGAGUCGGUGCAGUGGGCAAACACUCUAGCAACUAUAAGGAAACUACUGCUUUCAUCCCAGUAGGCUAAAAAAGAAAUCAAACAGAAGAAUAGUAAGGUCAGAAAAUAACAUUUCAUACAACUUCUGAACACCAAAUAUGCCCAAGGUUCAUUGUAGAGUUCAUUUCAGAAUUCUUACUACUAUUACUAUGAAUAACUGCUAUAAAGUACAAACAGUAAUUACAAUUGUACCAUGUGAAAAAGGCAUUUUAAUUUCCAGUCCAGAAUGCACAGGCGAGCUCAGAGACAGAACAGAAACCCAGGAGUUAGUUGUUGCGUCACUACAGUAGCCAUCUGUCAGUACGCAGACACACACACUUGGCUCUUGUCUCCUCAACACACUUCAUACACACAAGUCAAUAUGUGGCCACAAAACAAACCUACGCUGUGCAACUGGGACAUUGUCAGACUCUUAAACCUGGAGGAACACAGAGUCCUACUUUUAGGAUCCCUACAAGCCCUAGUUAUGUCCUUAUAUUUGUUAUUUUUUUAUUUUCACCCCAGACUGGCUUGCACAACUCCACAUGGAGAAAAGAGGUUGUGAGAUUGUGGUUUGGGUCUGAUUGAUGGCAUACCCUGGAUUUGUGUGGCCUUCACAGUAAUUUAAUCUAACUUAAAUUUAUGGAAGUAUCUUUAAUUCCAUCACAGUUAUUAUGAGUGCUGAGUUUCAUGAAUAAUUGCUGUUAGUACACAUGGAACUUUUUGUCUCACUUAGGUUUGGUUUAGAUCAGUUUGUUUGUCUGUCGUUCCUUUAUUUUACUUUAAUUUAGUAUUUAAAUUAGAUCUACUACUUCAAAUAGUAGAAUAAGAGGGAUAAGUUGUGUAUUGUGGUGGGACAUGGAGUGACGGAAGUGGCGGACUCAGGAAAUUUAAGAUCACAGAAAUGCAAUAAUGUCAAAUGAUUUGAGUUUCGAUCAAUCGUAAGAAAGAUUGUAAUUGCAAUAUUGCCUGCAUAUUACAACCCUGAAAGCCCAAAUAGGCCAAAAUAUUAUUAUAUUAUUAUUAUGUUUUAUGUGUAAAUCAAAUUUUUAAUGGCUGUGUAGCACAAACAAAAUAGGAACAGUUGGUCAGUUAGUCAAUUUUAAAGACCAUUUUAGUCAUUUAAAUAUAUCAGGAGUGCCAAAUACUUUCUAAAGUCAUGCAUCUAUUAAGAGUUUUAUCAUUUUCCUGUCCAAGAGGUGAACACAGAUUUCUCUCCAAAGUUGUUUUUUUCCCUCUCUUAACAUUUAGCUUCCUUCCCACAUAAAUCUGUCUGUCCAUAUCUGCCAGAGAGUGAUGUCAUUGUUCACCAGUCACUGUACGCGUGCGUCUGUGUACGAGAUGAAGAGAUGAAUGUUGAGGUAUAAUCCCGUAGUUUAAUCCGGACCACUCCCAAUCAUCUGCCUCCUCAGCACCAGACAGCAGCAGCAGCAGCCAUAUAGUGCACACAUAAUAAAGCUUACAUUCCUUCAUGACAAUCCAGUUUUGAUAGAAGACAUUGUAGACGCAUAUACACCAAAAGACGCUUACUUUUAUUGUUAAACUCUUGAAAGCUAUUUGAGGUAGCUGAGCACUUUAGAGAUGGAGAGAUACACAAGCUUUUCUUUUCCAAUGGGGUGGGAGACAGUGAGUGAGUGAGCGAAUAGGAGAGAGGGCGCCAGUCAGGAACAAGCAUCAACUAAUUCCCAUCGAAGAUACGGAGCAGACAAAAGCUGCGCCAGAGCAGAAGAGCAUCCCUGUUACUUCCUUUACAUUACUAAUAUAAUAUCUCCCGCUGUUUUUGUCCGAGUUUUGCCAAGACCUGAAGUCUGAAGAGAGGAGCGGCAAAUUCACCCAGAGCAACGUCAAGUCAAGGCGGAUGCCAUCAUGCCGUUUGGGUGCCUUGCCCUGCGUGAGGGGCGGUCAUACAACCAUAUAUCAGAUGUUACAGACAAAUAUGAGUUUGGACAAGUCCUUCGAGCGAAGGAGUUUUGUGAGCUGUGUCUGCUUAAGGAACGACAGACAGACAAAGUGUUUGUCUGUAAAAAGUUCCUGAAGAAGGACGGCAGGAAAGUCCGCAAGGCCGCAAAGAACGAAAUCAUGAUUCUAAAACUGGUGAAUCAUCCCAAUAUUCUUCAACUGAUAGAUACAUAUGAGACGAGGAAAGAAUACUUUAUAAUCCAAGAACUAGCCACAGGAGGAGAUGUGUUCGAUUGGAUCUUGGACCAAGGGAAUUACACAGAGAGAGAUGCUUCCAAUGUCAUCAGACAAGUCUUGGAGGCUGUUGCGUACUUACACUCCCUGAAUAUAGUUCACAGAAAUCUGAAGCUUGAAAAUUUGAUGUAUUACAAUGAGAACAACCACAACAAAGUUGUGUUAAGGGACUUCUACUUGUCGCGAUUUGAAAACGGGCCUAUAACAGAACCUUGUGGAACCCCUGAGUAUCUAGCUCCUGAAGUGGUGGCUCGGCAUCGCUAUGGACGACCAGUUGAUUGUUGGGCUGUGGGUGUCAUUAUGUUUAUACUUUUAUCAGGUAACCCCCCAUUUUAUGAUGAAACAGAAGAGGAAAAUACAGAUUUACAUAAUCGCAUUAUAUUCUGUCGGAUUGUUGCCGGUGACUUUGAGUUUGAUUCACCAUACUGGGAUGAUAUUUCACCUGCAGCUAAGGAGCUUGUCUGUCGGCUAAUGGAGGUGGAUCAGAUGCUGCGAAUCACAGCACAGGAUGCACUCUGGCAUGAAUGGAUUGCUGGGAAUGGGGCAUCAGAGAAAAACCUUAAAGAUGGAGUGUGUGCCCAGUUUGAAAAGAACUUUGCCAAGGCAAAAUGGCGGAAAGCAAUUCGGGUAACAACGUUCAUGCAGCGACUGAAGAACACUGAGGCUAUGACUGACAGCUCAGCUGAGGUUCAGGGAGGGGAGGAGUCCCAAAGAACCAGUGAUGAUGGUGAAAAGGGCACAAGUGAUGGAGGGGUAACAUCCAGUAGUGUGUCCUUAGAGGUAACAGUAGAGAACAGUCCAGUGGGUUUGAAUCAUGAGGAGAUAGGAGAUAGGAUAACAACAAGUAUAGGCCCAACAGUAGGCAUUUCACCUUCAGAAAUAAAGGAACCUCCAUGUCAGCAGAAUCAAUCAAAUGCAAGGCCUGAAACUGCACAGGAGAAAAGGGCCAAUGAUGGAAACAGAACAACAGUGCCAAAUAUCAGUCAAAAUUGUGUCAAGGAGUCAGAAAGAUUGGAUGUUGACAAAAGGCAAAUAUCCCACUCUCCUGACACAACUAACAAACACAAGAUGGCUGCUUCAUUCCCUGGCACAACAUCCACUGACACAAGUCCAGCUGCAGUCACAGUCACACCUGAGAAAAAGCCUGGUACGCAGAGGGAUGAAAACAGUGGAUACUGGUGUCAGACUCAAGUUCCAGAAGCAGUAGCUGAGAGGGCAGUGGCACCAGUCUCACCAGCUACAGCAGUGGCUGAGGUGAGAAUCAGGGGAGAAACAAGCCCUUUAGUUAGACGAGAUAGAGAGGCCAGAAAAGCAGACAGAUAUAGUGCAGAAUACAGCGUACCAAGGACAGGCCCUGCCGCUGGACCAGGAUGUUAUUCAGUUGGCAGUACAGCCAGUUUGGGUCGUCAUGCAACACCUUACAAGCCUGAAAUGCUCACAUCUGGUAUGGAGAUGACAGGUUUUGGAAAUCCAUACAGCUCCUUGUAUCCGAGUGGUUCAAGCAUCGGGAUGUAUGGGACUGGUCUACCACACACAAGUGACUGGCAAAUGGACAGUGUGAUCGAGCAGAUUGAGAAGCAAAUGGCAGCUGUAUUGGAGAAGAUUGAAGGAGACAUGCCGUCAUUGCUGGAGCAAAUCAGUGACUGUCCACCUGAACCAGUUCGUGUGGUUCGAAGCGCACACGCUUCUCCUGCCACUUCCAGAGCCCCUCCACCAUUGCCCAGCUCUCCCAGACCUGCACAGCCUCCUCUGCCUCGUCUCACUAUCCCUCCCCCCUCCUACCCACCUCCCUCUCCACCUACACACACUACUGCCUCUUCCCAAGAACCAGAAGACAGAGAUGGACAAAGGAGUUCAACUCACACUGGCCAGUCUCCACGAGCUGGAACAAGCAGGGGGCUUUGAAGAAUACACACUACAUAGCUGCAAUUGUGUGGACUGCUCAACUAGCAACAUGAUAAAUCCAAGUACAAAUUGACAUUGAACUUCAUGCUGGACUAUUUAAGGGAGUUUUUAUUUUGCUUGAGUUAUUUGUCUCUGAGUUAUUUAUGUCAAAUUGUAUCUUAAUGUGCAUGAAAUGCUCACCACCCUGUACAGAGGUGUGGUAUUGUCAGUAGCACAAGGGAAAUGUGUUAUGUUUUAUUAUCCUCCUAAUUGUAAAUGCCCACACAGUCGCACCAUCUACUUUUCAUCAAUAUCAUCCCAAUAAUGACCUUUUAUCUACAUGUAGCUCUUCAAUGCACUAUAUAUAUCAAUCUCCUGAACGAUUGUAGGCUACUUCGAGGAGUUAUGACAGGAAGUAAGCUACAUUAUUUUUUGAGAAUUUAAACACUAUACAUUGUAAAUAGCUUUGCAAUAAUAACAUAAUGCAUACAAGAUAAGCACAAAAGCGUCCAGUUUUUUGUUUUUUUUUUAUGUUAAUUUGCUCUAUUUUCCAUGUGUUUAUUUAUUUUUGAUAUAGCCAUUUUGUACAGAUAUUUUUGGGGAAUACUGUCGGUGUUGAAAAAAGGACGUCAGAUAGUUUGAUUUUGUCUUUCAUCAUGAACUGCUUUCCCA